GGUUUGUCUCAAAACAAGCAUGGCGACAGCCGCGAGUGGCUCCAGUGGCGAUGGCUUGGAGGGAACUAGUCAAAGUGGGGAUGCUGCAGGUGCCAGUGCCGCUCCAGAAGGGAAUACCAACUCGGGGGGUGAUGGGAGUCAGAAACCUGUGUGUUUGAUAGUCCUCGGCAUGGCAGGCUCCGGGAAAACAACUUUUGUUCAGCGUGUGACUGCGUACCUCCAUGCCAGAAAGAGCCCACCUUAUGUCAUCAAUCUCGACCCAGCCGUCCACGAAGUCCCAUUCCCCGCUAACAUAGAUAUCAGAGACACGGUCAAUUACAAAGAAGUGAUGAAACAAUAUGGUUUAGGUCCCAACGGAGGAAUCGUCACUUGUUUGAAUCUGUUUGCAACCAGAUUUGACCAGGUUAUGAAAUUCAUUGAGAAAAAGCAGAGCGAUCACCAGUAUGUUUUGAUUGACACACCUGGACAAAUAGAGGUGUUCACCUGGUCAGCUUCUGGUACCAUCAUCACUGAAGCUCUGGCCUCCAGCUUCCCCUGUGUAGUCGUGUACGUGAUGGACACGUCGCGGAGUGUAAAUCCGGUCACCUUCAUGUCCAACAUGCUCUAUGCCUGCAGCAUUCUCUACAAGACCAAGCUGCCAUUCAUCGUGGUGAUGAACAAGACGGACAUCAUCGCGCACACCUUUGCGGUGGAGUGGAUGCAGGACUUUGAGACAUUCCAAGAGGCGCUUAACCACGAGACGUCCUACGUGAGCAACCUCACCCGCUCCAUGAGCCUGGUGCUGGACGAGUUCUACACCAACUUGCGGGUGGUCGGAGUAUCAUCAGUCAUGGGCACCGGCCUGGAUGAACUCUUCGUGCAGGUUGCCGAGGCAGCCAAAGAAUACGAGACAGACUACCGUCCGGAGUAUGAAAGACUUCACCGAGAGCUGGCUGCAGCUCAGACUAAGAAGCAGCAGGAACAGAUGGAGCGCCUGCAUAAGGACAUGGGAAACGUCCCCCUGGACAAGCCAGUCUCGGCCACAGACGUGCCAGAGCUCAGCGGCGCGUGUGACCUUAUCUUCUCACGCGGAAACCCCGACCAGGAAGAGGAGGACGAGGACAGCGACACAGAUGACAUUGACCAUAAAGUGACGGAGGAGAGCAAGGAAGACCCAGCCUUCAAGAACUUCCUGAAGGAACGGAAGGAGGUGGUUCAUGCGCGGAACCAGAAGAUGCAGUGAGUUGAGUUUACUGAGACACACAGCGCACACACAGGCACAACACCUCUUCUGUGUGUGGCCCUCAAAGGACCGGGAACCCCCCCUUGUCUUACCCCUCCACCACACACACACACACACACACACACACAGUGGACUUUAUUAGGGGAAAGUGUGUCCAAAAAUAAAAGUUGACCCGUUAGCGGUUAGGACUACGGCACUGGUUUUGAUAUCAGCGUGUUGUGAGAUUACAACCUGCGCCACCUGGGAUUUGCAUGACUGCAGAAUGGAGUGCAGAUGUCUGAAUGUGGAGAUUCAGAAACAGUGUGCAGGGAUGGCCCUGUUGCAGACACAAAAGCCAUCAGCAAACCAAACAGGCCUCAUUCUCUAGGGUUAAACCAUUGAUCAUGAUGACUAACGCAAAGUAAAAGAAAGCCAAGGGCAUAUCACCUGAAGAGAAACACCAACGCUGGAGAGUUGGGGGUCAGUAUCUGAAAUGGUUUGGCGAGGCUCAUUUUGUGUUGUGUGUUAUUUAUGUUGUAAUCUGUAAAGUAAACCAUAUGCAGCUCCUACCUUGCCGAUGCCUCUCUGGGCAGUGAGGUGUGUGUGGUUAUCAAGGAUAGAAUGCUAUUACUGUACGUGUGCAACAACUAUUGUGUAUUUUUGUAUAGAAGAUUUGUGUGUCGAGGAAAUGUAUAAUUUUCACUGUUAUAUUUUAUCUACUCUUCUUUCCCAUUCUCAAAGAAAAGAAAUAAAAUGAUUAUGGAUGCCA